AUGGACUCUGAACAAUCCACCCAAACAUCCGCCACAGCCUGGGACCUGGACAAAGAUGAGAUCGCCUCAAUAGCCUCUGACGAGCUUUACCAGAAUCGGCCCAACCGGUGGACGGGCCCCAAGUCGACAUGGCGUACUUUGACCGAGGAAGAGAGGCUUCUGUGGCAGUCGAUGAAGCGCAUAGAGGACCAGGAUCUCGCUAUCCAUCUAUACAACACGUUUGCACUGAAGAAACGCGGCAAGGAUCCGGAGACUGCGCGGGACCUUAUAGUCCAAAAUGUUAAUGGUGAGGAAUCAAUCUGGGCGCCUCCCAAAUUGUGGUCGGCGUGGCCACUGAAAGAGAGCCAGUUGCCAGAUGAGGAUCUUGUGGCCACCGAAGAUGAUCCAGAUGAGGAUUGCACAUUUCGGAUGGAGGAGACGAAACCGCCAAGCUCCGUCCUAGAAGAGGAAAUUGGAGCAUUAAUACUACGGAUUGCCAAGGACAAAUUCAACAAGAGGAUGGACAAGGCGUCGGCAGUGUAUCCUUCUGUCGAGGACGAGGAAGCCAUGGCUACGUCCUCUUCCCAGAGCAGUGAUGAAGAUGCCCAAGAAUCAAGGGCUGGCUCUGCGGGAUUAGAACCUAGAGACGGGAGUUCGGGGCGCUUGACCAGGGAAGAAGAAGACUCGGACUAUGUGAACGACGACUUGGAUCCCGACGACAGACGGUCACAUCAGCAGAAGACGCAAAAGACAUUCGAACCGGCGGUAUCGUCAAAUGACGAGCUAUCAUACAAACUUCUCACUCCAGCUGUUCGGCACAUUCUAUCCCAACUAGAUGACACACUCCGCAAGCUCCAUCGUUCCCGUACCGUCGGGCUGUCGUACCAGUCAGACUCAUCUACCGACUAUAGCUCAGACGGUGGCAACGGCGGGCAGUCAUCAAGAACUCGAGGACGUCCUCGCCGCGCCACCACAGACUCCGGCCCAGACAAGCCUCAGUCUCCCAAACUCAAGACAACGAAGAGGGGCCGUCCCCGUAAAGCCCAAGUACCCCGUGAAGGCGAGAGCCAGCAGGAGUUCCAGGAGCGAAUCGCCAGAGAAUCCCAUCGACGACUCCCCCCCAAAGCCAAAGAUGCCGACGACGACAUUCCGCAGAACUCGGAUACCGCCAGUAAUACUCCUCUCCCCAAAGAUGCCGCCGAUGCCGCAUUCGAAGCAUGGCUAGCCCAGGGAACCACCAAAACCGCAUACGCAAUGCGCAAAGUCAGCCGAUGGGGCCUCCGCGACUGGAGCGACGUCGUCGGAGCCGCCUCGCUAGCAGGAUUCUCCCCAGCAGUCAUCGCCCGAACCACACAGCGCUGCGCCAACCUAUUCGGCGAGUCCAUGGUCGUGCGCCAUCUCCACGAAGUGCCCGCCCCCGCCGGCACGGGCGUCCAGACUGUCAGCUACCGCCCGGAGCCCGUCCAGCUCGCCGACGAGAAGGGCAUGGAGCUGGACAGCGACGACGACGCCAGCGACCACAUCAUGUCCACCGCCUCCCGGUUGCAGCGCCGCAUCGCUUCCCAGGCAUCCUCGCUCGCUCCGCCCUCCUCGGCCUCGCCGGCCUCGUCCCCCAGGAGGGGUCGAAGGAGGAGCGUCUCGACCGCUAACAGCUCCCGCUCCCCCUCUCGCUCCUCCGUCGGCCUGCACCUCUGCCCGGUGAUCGCCUGCGACCGUGCUGUCGUCGGGUUCGCGAGGCGGUCCAAUCUUAAGAGACAUAUGGAGAUUGUCCACGGGAAACAGGCCCAGGCGGCGGCACCCGUGAGUGACGUCGAUAGUGACGACGAAGUUGUAGGUGCCAUCCAUGUGGAUGGCUUCCUGAAGCCCAUUGCGCAGGGGAGGGGAUGGAGGGGCGGUGAUAUUCAGAAACGCCAGAGGAAGAAAUUCCAUGGGGAGAAGAGGGUAAAAGAAUCUAACCCACGAGGAAAUACAUCCCGGGAUAGCGAAUGA